ACUUCAACAAAACCUGAAGCCGCAGUCAGAGAACACGGCGGUCGGUUCUCAAUCAUCCAGGUGGAAGCAGCUGUUUCACCUUCACGUGACUCUGAAGCUCCAACUGGCUGAUGUGUUUUUAUUGCGAACCCAGAUCUCAUGAGCAACAGCCUGUAGACAAACACAGAUGGUGAAACUGCUGUGGAUCGACAUGCGUCCAGCUUUGCUAGUAUCUGCUUUCCUGCUCCUGCUUCAAAUCCACGAUGCUGCAACCAAUGCUUUGACGCUGAGAGUCCAAACCAGCUGCAGAACUCGUUAUCCAGCUCGGCCGUGUGGAGACGGCUGGUACCGCAUCGACAUUUACCGCUGUGCAAAGUACUUCCGGACUAAAAGAACGUUCCCAGAUGCAGAGAGCCACUGCCGCCGCCUCAGAGGUCACCUGGUGUCGAUGCACGACGCCACCGAGUACAGCCACGUGCUGUGUUUGGCCUUCAGAGCCAAUCAGAGCAGAGAUCACUUCUGGAUCGGUGGCAGGAGCAAAUAUCUGUGGCACAGCUUCCAGUGGACCGACCGGACUCCGUUUAGGUUCAAUAGAUGGGCGUUUUUCCAGCCAGACAAAGUCGCUGGUGAGGAAUGUGUGGAGAUGAACUACGAGAAGUGGGGAUACUGGAAUAACGCCGUCUGCUCAGGAAAGAAGUUCUACAUUUGUUCCAGGAAGAUGUGACGUCACGUGUUGAUGUAGUUGAUCAGUUCAGAGUUAAAAACACAAUAAAUACAACAAGUGAGCACCAA